AUGGGCUCAUACAAUGAAGAUAUCAAUAAGAUGAGUAAGUUCACUCAACUGAAUUUCAAUCUAAAAUCGAAGAAGAGCGUGAGAGUAAAAGUUUUCGUGGGUGGUAUGAGAGAUGAAAGAGAGUUGAAAUUAAGUUAUGAUAACGGUUUUAUAACAUGCACAGAAAUAAUUUCUACUCAUUUCUUUUUUUUUUUUGAAGUGACUGUAAAGUGUGGUUUGUCGGUACUCGACAACGAGAUGUGCAUCAGUUGGGGAAAUGGACAUUUUAUGUAUCAUCGUGGCUGGAAGCGAAUUUAUGGUUCCAUGAAUGAUAAUUCGCUUCGCUUGCGGUUUGCGCAUAUAGCAGUGUCGAAAUUACUCAGCACUCUAAUGUUAACGUACGAGCGACCUCUUCGAAGUCAUAUAAAUGGAAUAUUUUGGUCACAAACAGAAAAUGGCGACAACAUUUUUACUCUUCAAGUUUUGUCAUUGAAUAAAAUAUCUAAAGCUGAAGAAAAAGCAGAAAGCAGAAAGCAAUGUUCUCAGUACUUGAGAAAUCCAACAGAUUUGUAUAGUCUAAUUUCUGAAAUCACAAAAUCUCCAAAAACAUUACACCGAACACUGUCAACUCUUGUGUUGUUCAAUGACUUUGAACAAUGUGAAAAUCUUUGA